GAAACACAAACAAAUCUUUGAUUUAAGAAAUCCCCAACUCCAAAUCUUUUCUCCUUUAUUUGGUUGUCUUAAUUGGGUUCUUAUUAUUGAAGUACAUCAAAGAGUUGCAGAUAGAGAGAAACAUUCGGUAACAAACAUCUGAACUGUUGUUAUGAAACGAGGAUUCUCCGAUUCUCCUUCAAGCUCUGCUCCUCCUCCUUCUUCCAGAUUCAAAUCUAAUCCCGAAGGUGAUUCUCAGUUUCUGGAAGAUGAGACUACAAAGAAUUUUGCCCGGAAAGUUGCUGAUCAUUACAGUAGGAGAACAAACCAAACAUUGGAAGAGCGAGAAGCUAGUCCCAUCAUUCAUUUGAAGAAACUUAACAAUUGGAUUAAAAGUGUUUUGAUCCAGCUUUAUGCUCGUCCUGACGAUGCUGUUCUCGACCUUGCCUGUGGGAAGGGUGGUGAUUUGAUCAAGUGGGAUAAGGCGAGAAUCGGGUACUAUGUUGGAAUUGAUAUUGCUGAAGGGUCGAUUGAAGAUUGUCGCACGCGUUAUAACGGUGAUGCAGACCAUCAUCAACGGCGUAAAAAGUUCAGUUUUCCGUCUCGAUUAUUAUGUGGGGAUUGUUUUGAGGUAGAGCUAGACAAGAUUCUUGAAGAGGAUGCCCCUUUUGAUAUCUGCAGUUGCCAGUUUGCUAUGCAUUACUCAUGGACUACUGAGGCACGUGCACGACGAGCUUUGGCAAAUGUUUCAGCUUUACUUCGUCCAGGAGGUGUCUUUAUCGGAACAAUGCCAGAUGCCAAUGUUAUUAUAAAAAAACUCAGAGAAGCUGAAGGUUUGGAGAUUGGUAAUAGUGUUUACUGGAUUCGUUUUGGUGAAGAGUAUUCCCAAAAGAAGUUCAAAUCUAGCAGCCCAUUUGGUAUCGAAUACGUGUUUCAUCUCGAGGAUGCUGUUGAUUGUCCUGAAUGGAUUGUGCCCUUUAACGUCUUCAAGUCUUUAGCGGAGGAGUAUGAUUUAGAGUUGGUAUUUGUGAAGAACUCCCACGAGUUUGUCCAUGAGUAUAUGAAAAAGCCAGAGUUUGUCGAACUCAUGAGAAGGCUUGGUGCUUUGGGUGAUGGUAGCAAUGAUCAGAGCACAUUAUCAGCUGAUGAAUGGGAAGCUGCAUAUUUAUACCUCUCUUUUGUCUUGAGAAAGAGGGGAGAAUCAGAUGGAGCUCGAAGGAGCGGGCGGAGGAAGAAUGGGAAAAUGAACUUGUCGAAAGAUGAUGUUUUGUAUAUCGAUAGCUGAAGUGUCAAAGAGUGUUUCUUUUACUCUUAGAGUCUCUGUUUUUGGUCUCACUUCGUUGUCUUACGUUUUUGGCCAUUUGAAUUGAGAGAUUGCAUUACUUUAGAAAAAUCUGAUCCGUUCACAAGAAAGAAGAUGAGAAGAAGCCAAAUAAUAUUAUAGUCGUUGAACACUUGUGUUUUCAAGUGUAUAGGCUUUGAUAUACCAUCAGGAUGAUGAACAUGGUUACCAUCAUGAUCAUUAUUCAUGAUUUGUAUUGUGAUGUAUUCGUAGCGUACUUUGUUUAACAAGGUCCAUGCCUUUUUAUUUGUAUUACUAUCUUUUGGGAUUAGGUCGAGUUUGAACUAGAGGAAAUUGAGAAAAAUUUCAAGCUUUUGUUAUGUUACUACUCUCUUAGUUUUUGAUGUCAGUUUCUCUUUCUUUUACACUAAAAAGACG